AUGUCAGGCCACAGCUUUCGGACAGCCGUCGGUCGUCUCGUGGCUCUCGGGACAGUCCUCACCUUCUUGACUUUCCAGUACAUUGCUAGUCAAACAAGAACUUCAUUCGGCUUUUAUGAGGCCUUCUUUCAAUUCAGCUCAUGCAUAAUCGUGUUCAACUUCCUUCUCAUCAUCACCCGGUGGACUGAGUACGAGCCGAUACCGGGCAUCAAAGAUAACCACCGUCUCCCUAUGAUCAAUGUCAUCAUUCCGGCAUACAACGAGUCUGAGUUCGUCAGAAACUCGAUCUCCUCUGUUGUUUCUUCGGACUACCCGAAGGAAAAGAUUCACAUCAUCGUUGUCGAUGACGGCUCAUCAGACGAUACUUGGUCUCACAUUCAACACGCCGCGCAAGAAGCUCUUCGUUCGGAGCCACUGCUGAGAUGCACCGCCAUACAGCAUGAGAUCAACCGUGGGAAGCGACAGGCUAUGACCACAGCCUUCACUGCUGCGACUAACGAAGUCAUCGUGACUCUCGACUCUGACACCAUCCUCGAGAAGCAAGCACUUCGAAAUCUGGUCAGCCCUCUUGUACUCGACAGCGAUAUUGGAGGAGUCGCAGGCCAUCUCUCCGUCUUCAACAUUCACUCUGAAGGCUGGAAGAGCUUCAUUCCACGGACGCUGGACUGUCUUUUUGAGCAGAACGGCAACAUCCCGCGGGCGGCACAGUCAAAAUACGGUUUUGUCACCAUUCUACCAGGUGCCAUUUCCGCUGUUCGAAGAGAAGCUUCUCAGCCGCAUGCUCAAGAUCUGGUGGAUGCUAAAUUCCUCGGCAAGCCUUUGCGGCACGGAGAGGAUGUACAGCUCACGAUGAAUCUUUUGAGUGACGGCUGGCGACUCAGGUAUCAGAGCAAUGCGGUUGUCUACACAGUCGCGCCCGAGACCUUGCGCAAGGCAUUUCUGAUGUACGUCCGGUGGGAAAGAAGCAACUACACCUACUGGAUCCUUGGCCUUGUCAAACUCGCCUUCACCGACGCCAAGAGGCUGGUUCUGAAUCGGCUGGGCCUCCUUUCUCUGAGUCAGUCCGGCGCAUCGCUCGACUUGGAGAAGCAACGCGGCAAGCGGGUGGCAAAUGCACGACAACCGGACUUUGCACCGAUGCUGACGAUCAUCUGCGCAACUUGCGCGACCCUGUCUUGCGUGGAAGCGGCAUUUUCUUGGGUGUGGGGGGCCUUCCGCUCUCCAUAG